GUCACGACACAAAGCCAAAGAGAAAAACAGACCCGCGGGUGGGGAGGAGAGGGCCCGGCUGAGCUGCAGUGGAGGGUUGGCUCCCUGUGGUGGCAACCGGGCGUCCCCUCGCAGCAAGCCCGGGGACAAGUUGGCGGAAAGUAAGCUGGCUGGGGCAAUAAGAACCGUUUAUUACCUUUGGAUGAAGAGCUUUCAGAUUUCUACCUUAGUCCAAGUGUUUUCGUAUUAAAUGGAGGAAAAAGGGUCUUCCCCAGAAACGGAUGCUGGUGGUGAUAACCUUCAGAAUGUGCAGAACCAAAGUAAAUUUAAUUCUGCAUCUAGUUCAUCAAGAUGCAUCCGCCAGAGUCUUGAGAACCUUGUGUCUACUUCGUCAGUCUCUUUGGAUUUGAGUAGAAAGGAUCUGCAACAUCUAACAGAGGAUAUAUACAAAUUAUAUAACCUUAAACAUUUGCAUCUAGAGGGAAAUUCCCUAUCAGUAAUUCCUGAAGAUUUCUUUGAGCGCUUGCCAAAUCUUGUUUGGCUGGAUCUGCGUUAUAACAAAUUUAAAGAACUCCCCUCUGGAAUUGGAUGUCACAACCAGCUGAAAACUCUGCUGUUAGAAAGAAACCCUAUUAAAAGACUACCUAUUGAGCUUGGUAACUUGUCCACACUUACAGCCUUGAACCUUAGGCAUUGUCCUUUGGAAUUUCCACCACCUGAAGUGAUACAGAAAGGUCUGCCAGCUAUUUUAUCCUUUCUUCGAAAUUGCAGUAAUCAAAAUCCUGAUAAUGCAGAACCCAUUACUUCAGACUCACCUUCUCCAUUAGAACAAGAAGCAAAGGCCAUUGUUAGAGAAUACAAGAGAAAAUGUGACAGACCACCAGAUCGAAGGAAAGCUUUCAACGAUUUGUGGAAACAGAUGAGCUUCCAUAAAAUGCCUCCUAUUGAAAAGUUAAAUUUGACGGACAUCACGAAAUCCAGUUUGGAUUUGUCAGAUGGAUGGCCUAGUGAGGAGGAAAUGAUCCGAUUUCAGAAGCUGAGGAAUGAAAUUAUCCAAGAUGAGAGAGAAGAGUAUCUGACUAGCAAAAUAGUAGCCAAUGAAUCUAUGCCUACCCUAAGGAGAACCAAGAAUAAUGAGAACAUCUCUCGUAAGUCAUCCAUGGUUUCAUCCAGGGUCAAGAAAAAUUUGUUUCCUGCAGUUUCAUCCUAUGAUUUGAUCAUUCAGAGUAAGAGGGCUGAAGAAUGCAGAUUGGCAGCACUAAAAGAAAUGAAGGAGAAACAGGCUUUAUUUGAACAGAGGAGAAAAGAUAAAGAAGUGCUUCAGAAAUGGAGGAAGCAGGCCAGAGUGAUGAGAGAGAAAAAAGGACUAUUGUACACAUUUUCACCUGAAAAAGGAAUCGUGGGGGUUUCACAAAAUGCACCUUAUGCCACUGAUGAUGUUAAAAAUUAUGACAAACUAGAAGGCUGGAAAGAACCAACUAACCAAGAUGAAAAUAGGGAGAGGACACUAAAUUUAGAUGCAAUGAAAGCAAUGGAGGAUUUAAGAGCUGCCAAAUAUAAGGAAGUGGAAAACCGCAUUAAGCAGCAUACACAGAUGAUGAAAGAAAGAAGGAAAAAGUUAACGGGGAUACCCCAAGAGGAUAUGCAGAGAGCAAGUCAAGACUUUGAAACUGCUGAAAAAUUGGAGGAGGACCUAGCUGACUUGAGAAAAGACCUUCACAAGGAAUAUCGUUUCACUGCCUUUACAGGAGACCUCCUAACUCCACCUGAGAAAUCAGUACCAGCACCCAAGCCUCAAAAUAUAUUUUCUAACAUGGCAUUUUAACUAUAUAAAAAUAUUUCUUGUAGAGCAGUCCACUGUUACUGUAUACUUUUCAGAGGACUUCCUUUCAGUAUGCCUUAAUUAAAUUGUUCUUU